CUCCGUAGCCAUUUUGGCUCAAGCCUGCCUUGGUGCCCAAGGCGGGCAGGAGCGCGGUUUGUCUUUCCCUGUAGAGUCCCGUCAUCUCGGCGGGCGCAGAGAGCGGCUCUGUCUCCUUCCCCCGCCUUGCCGCGGCCCCUGCCAUGGCGGCGGGGCUCGGCUACAGCGAGGCUGGGCUCGGGGGGCUGCCCGCGGUGUGGCGGCCCAGCACGCGCCGCGCCCAGGACGAGGCGAUCCUGGGCCCGACGGCGGCGCGGAGAGCUGCCCGCCGCAGGUGUCAGCAGGCCUGCGAGGCCGCGCUGCGCAACCUGCUGGCGGCGGCAGCUGCGCCUGGAUCAUGGCAGGACCGUGAGCGGGCCGCCCGACCCGCCCUGCGGCUGGCAACGGCGGGCGCUCGCGUGCCAGGCAGCGCCAGGCGUCGUAGGAAUGCGGCCUGGCAUGCUGCCGUGGCGCCAGCGGCGGGCUUUGCGCGGGCCUGCGAUGCCGCCAUCUCGGCGGCGGCGAGCGGCCCCAGGCUGGGAGCCCCGGCCCCGUGUACCCCCCCAGCAGCGCCGCGGCAGGUGGCGCCCACCACGCCCACCAAGCUGCGGAAGGAGGCGCUGUCUUGGCCUGAGGGCUGGCAGGCGCUGGAGAGCGCGGGGAAGGGGCUGGGCGACGACGACGACGGGGACGAGACCUCCGAGCAGCCGACGGCGGCGCCGCUCCUGAACGCCUCCCUGGGCCUGGGGCUCAGGCAGGAGGUUGCGGGGGAGCCUCCCGCGGCUGGCAGGGCCUUCGACGGCGCGCACGGGGUGCCCGCCGUGAAGGGCCUUGAGGUCCAUCCCCCUGCCGAGGACGAGGAGGAGGUUAGGAAGGAGGCCAUGGAGUCGAAGGAGGAGGGCGUCGGCAAGAUGGAGGGCGAUGCUUUGUACAAGCACUUCGGCCUCACGCUGCAGGUCGACGCCGGCCAGGGCCCCCGCCAGGAGGGCGACAACUUCGGCACGAUGGAGGGCGGUGCUUCGGGCAAGCACUUCGGCCUCACGGUGCCGAGCGGCGACGACUGCGACCACGGCUACCGCCAGGAGGGCGCGAGUUGUGACAACAUGGAGGGCGAUGCCUCGGACGAGUACUUCGGCCCUCCCGCGGCCUGGGCCGCUCUUGUGGCCGAGAGGGAGCGUGGGGGGCGAACGAGUCGGCCCUUCCUGCGACGCCGUGCGGAGCUCGCGAGCGAGGCCAAGGCGGCCACGCAGCGCCUCCGCACCAUCUUCGACGCCUGGUGGCGAGUCUGGCCGUACGUCAACGACCUCUGCGCCUACGACGACGGCUUCGACGGCUCCUUCGGCGCCUGGGUGCAGCGGCCCUUCGAGCCGCAGAUGGCGCGCCCGCCGCCGCCGCCGCCUCCGCCGCUCCCCCGCCCUCCCUCCAGCUCGGCCCGUGGCGAAGGCCGCCGCGAGUACACGGCAGACGAGCGGCAGAAAAGGGUCGAGUUGGAGGCCUAUUUCCGAGGGUAUUUCAAUCGAGGCCGCCCUGACCCAGGUAUUGUAUGGAGAUAGCAGCGCGAGUGCCAGCUGCGCGGAUGGCCUCACAAUCUGAUCCUCUGAGCCUCGCCUGCUUGCGCCGUCGCUGUUUGCAGUCGGUGCCGUGUUUAGGUGUCGUGUUAACGCUUCUGGUGGGCUGUGCGUGGUUUCAGGUUUUUGUCCCCCCCCCCCCCCCCCCUCGGGGCCUGGAGCUAAAAAGGGGCCCGCCCGUGGGGCCUGGGGCUGGGUGAGGCCACGGAGGGCCCUCGACCCUUGCCCUGGGGUGCUGGUGGGCGCAACCUCAGCACGGCAGCUCGGUGGAGGCAGGGCGUGCCCCCGAGACGGCUCGGCAGGCGGACAACCCGCUCGAGGGCCCUGCGCACGGGCCUGGCGAGGUGCAGACGCCCCAGGCUGACGAUGCACCAAAGCACCAAAA